AAGAAAGAAACAUAGAAAAAUCGAUCAUGGUGAAAGAGAAAGAGAGAUAAAUAAAGAUAGAUAGUUGAAUAGUAGGAGGAAAGAAAAAUUUCGUCGCGUUUUCCUUGGUACCGUCGUCGUGAGUUCGCGUGUACGAGAGGAACUAAGCGAAGGGAGAGGAUUGGCGGAGAUGCGGCUUAGGAUUCCGAGCGCGGUCGAGUGCUUUCUGGUUGGUUGGUAAGUGGGACUAGCGGGGACUCAUAGGCAGGAGGCCCCCUACGAGAGCCCGCAGUCGGACUCGAACCCCGAACCAAUAUCAGCCGUGAGUAGUACCCUUCACGAGUGUCUCUCUGCUCCCUUUUAUUAUCCUUAUCAUUAUUAUCAUAUUUCACGGCUAUUAUAAUAUUCGAUCGAUAUUUUCGAUUUUUUUUUUCUUUUUCUUUUUUAUUUCUAUCGAGUGUGCAAGAACGUUCGUAAGUUUGUACGAAAAAGAUCCAAAGGAAGAAGAAAAGGAUUCGUCGAAGAGGUAUAUUCGUAUCAUUAUUACUGCUGACAUCGAGUAGAGCAGACAGAACUAAAGUAACAGUCACGGGAAAGAAGACAAAGGAGUGGACGGUAAAUAAAGGAAGAUAAAACAGAAACUUGUUGGGAAAUAAUAAACAUAGUGUAAACUCGUAAAAGGAGAAUUUACGUGAAAGAGAAAGGAAAAUGAAGACGAUACGAACGAUAGUAUGGCUAGUAUUACCAAUCACAAGUUGUCUAGCUUUGCCACCGUCACAACAAGAACACGCUCGUGGCUCGGUUAGAGCAAAACAAACGACACCAACUUUGCCCAAUAGAAUUACUUCUGUUAUCACUUCGACGACCAUACCAUCGAUAACAAGUUCAAGUUCGUCCAUAGCGUCGAGUUCAAUGUCUUCGGUUACAACGCCUAUACCAACAUCUUCAUCGUCGGCAACAACUAUAACAACGUCAUCUUCGUCAACCAAUCCGAUCGUAUCAAUUGCUUCAACCGAACAGAUUAUGUCGAGAACGGCAGCUACUUCCGGUAGCGGAAGUACCGUGUUCUUGUCUUCAACAAGAAAGGUCAGCACGAAACUGGAUGAAUCGACUAGCACGAUGGCCUCUACAUCGGGUAAAGAGACUCGUGAAUCACCUGGGAAGAUUCGACCGCAGAUCAAGUUAACGACAAAUUAUACCAGCGCGAGUGAGACAGGAGUACGAUUGCCGGAAGGAGCAAGCGCGGCAUUGGCGAAGCCCACCAAGUAUCAUUAUUAUCCUCACAAUCAACACAUUUAUUUGCUUCCGGAAUGUGCGGUCCAACAAGUUUGUAAUGCCGUCUACGUGCGAUUGAACUUCACUCAACCGCUUUGCGCCUGUCCAGGACGUUACCGCGACCCUUGCAGCGCUUCCCUUGACAGCGACGAUCAUCACACCACCGAGCUGGUAACCGAUCCACGUACGAAGGCUCUGACACUCGUGAAAACAUGCGAGCCAGUUGCUGAAAUGCGAGAAUGCAGAGCUCCAAGGGAUUGGUCUCUCUUAGCCCUUCAAAAUACACGAACCGGAAAGUCUCACUAUUUGGUGAUAUGCCGAUGUCCGGAUUCGAAUAUACUUGAGGGUCCCAUGAGUCACGAUCAACCGACCUAUGCAAGUGUACCAGGAAUUCGUGUUUAUGGAAUGAUGUGUGUACAAGGAAAUAGAAGAGGCCGGCCAUUACGACAUAUACGUAGUCUUAUGGGUUUUAACGACUUGGAAGAAAAUACCGAAAGAUUUUUAUUCGCUGGAGAAGAUAAACCAGAGUUCCCUUGGGAUAAAGUUCAUCAGUUGAUGAAGAUGGCCGUUUGGGAGUAAUUUACGAUCAGAUCGAACUUUAUUCUCGCUCUCCGUCUCUCUCUCUCUCUCUCUCCUUUCCCUUUCGAUUUUUUCGAUCUAGCCUUUUUCACAAUCGUUCAUCCUUUCUUUGUCCCUCUUUUCUCUACGCAUAUCUUUGUUUUUUCUUCUUCUCUUUCUCUUUCUUUCUUCUUUUCCUUUGAAAUCGAACCAUCCAUAUAUACACAGCUUCAUUUCAUCUUUAUUUAUUACGAUAUCAUCCUUGUCCGCGUUAUCUUUUAGCGUACAAUACUCGUAUAUUUAUAUUAUUCAUUAAGUUAGACAUCGUGAGCUCGGGAUUGGCGUUAAAGCCAGGUGAAUUAGCAGCAGCUCGUAGAUUUCUUCAUUUCCUUUCUUCGUUUCUAAUCUUACUUUGUCGCGAUUGAAUUUAACGAACGUGGAAUAUGACGCGUUUAAAAUUUCGUGGCAGAACGUCGAUUGUAAGAAUACAUGUACGU